CUGUGUUGGAGGAUAGUCGAUUUGCAGCGUUGUGCUUGUCCACAGUGUAUAGCCGCUUGAUUCAGGAUGCCGAAGCACCGCGCUGGCUCCCGGAAAGGCUGGUACGCCAGACGGAGGAGAUCCCUAAACCAGCAGAUGAGUCGUCUGACUCUUCAGCAGAGGAAUCUUCUCCCGACAAAUCAGCAGAUGCAUGAGUUUAUUCUUCAAGCAAGGAGGAUGGCUGCAGAGACGGCUCAACCUCGACAAGCCCUAGCUUACAUUGUGCUCACUUUGGCUUGUGCGAUAAUCAAUCAAGCCUUCCCUCAGGCUGAAGCCAAUGCUUUUGUUUCCUGGGCUCAUUCUUAUGCUGACUUCUACAAUGAAACAGCCUGUUGGGUCUGCACAAGCAUGCCAUUAUCGGUUACCGAAGGAUUGCCUUGGUGGGUGCUUCCUUUUCCAAAAAAUGAAACUUCGGCUUUAUGUGAUUUUUUAAAAAAAUAUCAGAAGAAACAUCGAAGCUUAAUUACAGUUAAUUUUGAUAUAGAUACUCGAUGCUCUGAUCCUUUAGACGCUUCUUCUUUUUAUUUUGAUGUAACACAAAGUUAUCAGGAAAUUGUUAAUGCAUACUCAUAUUACGAAAAUAGAUCCGUUUCUUCUCCUAAUGAUUUUAAUCGAUUUGAGGGUGACUACUACCAAAUUUGGGAUGAAUAUUUCUGGAUGACCCCUGAAAAAGGACAGCUACUGACCCCUGCCGACAUUUGCUGGGAGCAAAAGACUCAUGUACCAACAUUUGGAGGCCGGGAAUUUCCAAGAUAUCACAUGAAACAUAUGGGACUAUUGCCUACCCAAAAAUGUAAGACUGUAAUGGAUGUAACGUUUAUUGCCAACAAGUCUGUUAAAUGGCCAGGGACAGAUUGGGAAAAUGGCCCUGGUAUAAGAUGGGUAGCCCCAAAUAACACUCGAUGGAUUUGUGGAUACAAUCUUUGGCCCUGGCUCCCUGUAGGAUGGGUGGGGAGAUGUACCCUAGGGUUUGUGUUUGCCCCUGGAAAAAUUCAUAAGCAAAAAAUUAGUCAUCCUGUUAAUUUACCUUAUGUUAAAGCCCGAUGGUCACGCUCUGUUUUUCAUUGGUAUGAUUAUUUAGCCUCAAUUUUUGUGCCCUCUUUAGGAGCCACUGAUAUUCUGCUCAGAGUAGAGGCUUUGAACAAUUUUACAAAACAAGCUUUGACAGAUACUAGAAGAGCUUUAGAGGCUCUUAAUGAAGAACAAAAACAGAUGAGAAAAGCCGUUCUACAAAAUCGUAUGGCUCUGGAUAUUCUAACAGCCUCUCAAGGGGGGACAUGUGCCUUAAUAAAAAUGGAGUGCUGUGUAUAUAUUCCUGAUUAUUCCUCAAAUGUUUCUGAUGCUUUAGAAGAUAUGAAACAACAAGUAGCCGCUAUGGAUUUUUCUGACUCCAGCAUUUGGAGUCAGAUAUCCACCUGGUUUCAUGGUGGUUGGUGGAAAUCUAUAAUUUUUAUUAUUAUAUGCAUAUUAUUAUUGCUGUGUUUUGGCCCUUGCAUUUGUCAGUGCCUAUCUGAAAUGAUAAAUAAAAGAUUGUUGAUGUUUUCCCGUUUGCAAAUGCAGCCAUUUCCCUUGAGGGAGAUAUAAAGGCCAUUAGUCAAAAGAAAAGGGGGAGAUGCAGGGAGCCGGCCUGACUGCUCAGGCUCCUUCUUGGCCCUGAGAGAGAUCAAGAGGUCCCUCUCUGUCCCGCCACCCCUGAUUUAUUAAAGUGCAGGUUGGCCUUCCUUACCUCCCUCAAGGAAACUGCUGUAGCGACCUUUUACCCAUUUUCCUGAUUGUCAGGCUCCUGUUUAUGGUUUAUGUCUAGGUAACCUGUAACUGAUUGUAAUCAUACUAAGACGCUAGUCCCUUGCUCUGCUAGUCUUAAAGAGUUAAGAUAAAAUUCCUGAGCGAAGACUAAUGCCUGCGAUUCUGCAUGUAUACAUGUCCUUGAUCUAAAUUCAGUGAGUCCUGUUAGCAUAUAUAUGUAUGUUACCCCUCAAUAAAGUUGUCAGUUGUC